UUGAAGUACAGUAAAGCAUAUUGACGUAAACAAUGGCGGAUUCGGGAAAUUUGUCGGGGAUGCAAAAUGUAACACCUGUUUCAACGUGUCCCAUCUUUCCAGACAACCCAAACCAAUGUACUAUAAUAAUAAAUGUGAGGAGAGUUUUUGCAUCUAUAUCUCUGAUAGGCUGUUUGUUCAUUAUCUUGGUGAUAUGGCUGUUCAGAAAGUACAUUGCCUUUUCUCAGAGAUUGAUACUGUACAUGAGUGUUGCAGCACUGAACAUCAGCAUUUCAUACUUAAUGGGAGAACUUCACCCUGAUGGACCACUGUGUGAUUUCCAAGCAUUUUGGAUGUCUUUCUUUGAUUGGUCAGUGUUACUGUGGGUCAGCUGUAUAACACUAAAUCUGUUUAUAAAUGUUGUAUGGGGCAAAACUACAGAGAAAUAUGAAUGGUUGUAUCAUCUAGUGAGCUGGGGAAUUUCAUUAUUUAUGUCUUUGCUGCCAUUUAUUGGGAACCAUUAUGGACCUGCUGGUGCCUGGUGCUGGAUAAAGGAUGACUGGAGAUGGAGAGUUGGAAUAUGGUAUGGUCCAUUAUUUGGAAUGUUGUUGAUCAUGGUUGUUGCUUACAUCUACAUAUCUUGUGUUCUCAGUAGAAAGGCUGCUACAUGGGAAGGUACAUAUGAUCCGGAUACUGAGAGGAAGAAGCAAAUGUUAAAGGAAGACAUCAAACCCCUGAUGGCAUACCCAUUUGUUUACCUCGCAACGUCUCUGUUUCCAUUAAUCAACAGGAUACAGAAUGCAGUGAACAGUGGCCACCCAGUGUUUGCCCUUGUCCUUCUUGCUUCAAUUUCAUCACCUUCACAAGGUGCUAUCAAUGCUGUUGUGUUUGGUUUAGAUAGAGAAACAUUUCGCAGGCUAACACCUUCACAGAUAAAGAUGGCCUGGUCGCGUCACAUUAACAGUAAAGUUGUACAUGAGUUUCCAAUACCACUUGCAACAACUGACAUGCAUCUACUUGACUCAGAGCAGCACAUGCCUCUUUUGAGAUGAUCACAGUCAUCUAAGUGCUUGAUUUGUCAGCAGACGAUGACACUACAGAACAGAUUCAGUCGUAAGGCAGUGAUUCAUGAGUUCCCAGAAGAGAGAAGUGGAAUGGAUACAGAAUAUUGACGGUUACUGAGCCGUCCCCACGAGGAUAGUGAUAGUGACCUGUAGGUCACCAGUCCACACCGGGACCAGUUUAUAUUUAUAGUAUAACCACAUAGAUUAACAGAUCUAAACAAUGUACAAAAUAGUUUGUAUGUUGCACCAAUAACAGGACUGUAGUAGUACACCAUUCAGAACUUAUGAACCCAGUUUAUUGUUGAACCAUUCACAGAUGGUUUUAUUCAUCAGUUGUUUAUCAAUUGUUAAUAUUUAACCUUUAUCUCCCAUGACAGUUCACCCUAAGUGAAUAUGAUUCCUUUAAAAAAGCAGGUUGAUUUUUUUGUGCUAUUUCUCAUUGUUCCAUACAUUUUAUGAAUGUUAUUGCUAACAAUAUACAUAUGUUUUGGACACAAUCCUCAUUACGGAGGAUAUAGAGAGUAACAAAUUAAAUGAUGUCCUUUGUAAGUUAAAUGUGGUUAUGUGAAAUGGUACUAUAAAUGCUUAUUUAUUUGCCAAUUGAGUGUCUGACAUAAAUCAAAGUGUAUGUUCCAUUCUUACAUACUUAUAACAUAAAUUUGAAAAAUAUACUUUGCCCUAGAAGUCAUAUAAUUUAAGAUGUACUGUAUUAUACUUGUUGAAGAUUUCCAUUAACAGCUAAAUCAGCUGAAGUUCAUUAAAAAUGUGAGUUUGGAAAAUAUCAUUACCUCCCUUUGCCUAUAUUGGUUGCACAAUAAAAUGGUUUAAAAUCUUGCCUUUUGGUAAUAUUGUUGAAAUAUCUUGAUCUUAGUUAAACACAAAUAUGAAAAAAGAAAUUAUAUUGAAAUAAAAAGAAAUACUCAGCUCCUUAAAUAACAGCAUAUUACAAAGGGAUAAUUACAACAUUUUAUGAAAAUUAAUCAAACAUGUGUUAAUCCUCUGUAAUGGGUCUUUCCCUUCCUUAAUUAAAUCUCUACAAUAAAAAACAUCAUAAAAUGCUGCUUAAAUUGGAUUGACUACUUUUAAGUAACAGUUUAUAACAUUGUUCAAUUCUUUUACAUUUUGUUAAAGAGAUUUAUUUAAGGAAUGAAAAGGCCGAUUACAGAAACGUAGAUCCUUAUUAUAAGUGUAUUUUUAUUGGCUUUUUUAUUAAUUUUGUAAUUAAUUGCCUUUCAUAUGGAAGUAUUUGAAAAGCUGAGUAUUUCUUUUGAUUUCGGUAUAAUUUUUAGUUUGACCUGACAGUCUGAACAAGAAGGCAAGCUUUGAAACUGUUUGAAUGUUCAGAAUUGAUUUAUUUCCACUCUUGAUUGGAGAGAGAGAGAUUGGCAAGGGGAGGUAAUAAUGAUUUUACAAACUUGCUUAUUUAAUGAAUUUUGGCUAAACAAAUGACAUCUGCGUCGAAAGCCCAGUGGUAGAGUGUCCGCUUUGCGUGCUGGAGGUCGAGGCUGCGUCAAUAGCCUAAGGGUAGAGCAUCCGCUUCGAGUGCAGGAGGUCGAGGCCGCGUUGAUAGCCUAGUGGUAGAGCGUCCGCUUAGAGUGCAGGAGGUCGAGGGUUCGAUCCCCAGCCACAUCAUACCAAAGACAUGGAAAAAAUGGUACCUGUAGCUCCCUUGCUUGGUGCUCAGUAUUAAAACGGAAACUGGCUUCUCUUCUCUCGUACCCUCAUGGCGAUGGGUUCCAUCAGAAAAGAGGUGUCGAGAGUGAUUAAUAUAAGUUGUAGAACUUGCUUCACAAUCGACCUAAAAUAAAUUAGUAUAAACUAAAUAAAUUGUCAAUGCAAGUUUUUGAUACAUGCAAUUUAUUUGUUCUUGUAUUCAUAUUCUUUAGGCAAAGCAUGUUCAUCAAAUUUAUACUUGUGCUGAAAAUAAACACUUCCACAGAAAAUUUAAUAUAUAGUAUUCAGUAAACAUGGCUAAGUGUAAAUAAUAAAAUAUUCAAGUUUUAUACAAAUUGAUUUUGUGAUUAAAAUAAUUUGUUGAUCAGCUAGAAGAUGUAAACAAUAUUUAAACCAUGCCAAGAAAACAUACAUGUAGUUUAUUGGAAGCUUUCAGUAAUACUACUAUGUAUAUUCUGUUAAAGUAAUUUGCAUACAAACAGUGUAGUGCUUUCAUUUUGUUGUAUAGCAAUAUUUAUUUGCAGUAUAUGCUUGUUGUUUUUGUUAGAAUACUCACUUUAGUUUUGCUUACAUGCUGUUUACUUUGUCCUCACAUGUUGUUAUCUUAUUAUCUACUUUGUCCAGUGUAUAAAGGGAAUGAAAUCUCAGUUAUUUCCCUUUUAGUAUUUAUGUCACUUCUGAUCUGAAAGGAUGUGAGCUGAAAUACUGCUGGCUUGGUGUUGUUAAGCUUGUUAUGUCAACCGUCAUAAUUACAGUUCCUUAUCACAAAAACUAACCAAUUUUUAAUAAGGAAAACAGUGGGUGUUCUGUUUAUCUCCAGUGUUUAUUUGUUACACCAAGUGCCAUGUGCUUCAUCAUAUUGCUACUGUCAGAAAACCAGCUUCAGUGCAUUUCAGCGAGCUGUUAUGACAAAUGUGCUUCAAGAAAUGUUCUCUGUUAUUUUUAUAAUUAUUUAUCACUAGAAGAAGAGAAUAUUAUGAAUAUAUGUGCAAUAUGUUUUGUUUGUUGAGUUAGUUUGGUGUAUACAUGUAGAAGUAGGAAGACGAGUGUACACAUGGCCGGGUGUUUACGUGAAGAUAUAGACUUAACAUUAUUUUUUAGAAGUUAGAAUUAUAUUUUUGGGGUGGCAUCAUGAUAAAGCAUUUUCUAGAAUAUAUGAAAAAUGUAAAAUGUAAACAUUCUCUACAUUUACAUGUUGGCUUUUUUUUUUAAAUAAGGUUUAAAAAUGGCUUCAUGAAAUGUUUUAUAUGAUAUAUAUAAUAAUUUACAUUUACUGAGUGACUUGCCAGUAGGUAGUAAAAACUAUCGCCCAGGUAUGACUGAGGGAAAAUAGUUUUGACUAUUGAUUGGUUUAACAGCCCAGUUUUUCCCAGUCAAUUUGUUCUGGAGGAAUGAAAAAACAUUCAGUUAUUUUUUCCCCAUGAGAAAAACUGACAGUUACACUGGUAAGCCAUUCAAUAAGUGUUAUAUUACAUGACAUCAGAAAUGUACUGUUUUUUUCUUCAAAGUUUGAAUUUAGCCCUGCAAAGUGUAGUGUUGAAUUUAGACUGGUCAUAUAGCUAUUGAUGGACAAUUUAUAUAGAGAGUCAUAUAAUAACAUUUAAUGUACUUGCGAGGUUUGAAGGACCAAAGUAUGGAAAUUGUUUGGGAAGUUCUGUUUCCAAUAAUGUUGUUAAUGUAAAUAUAACAAGUGUUUGAAUGCUCUUAGAUAUUUUGAAAAGUAAAAAUUGUCUUUUGAAUACAUUUUGAUAUAUAAAAGCUUCCACAAGUAAAUACUAUCUGCACUCGGCAAGCAGAAGUUAUUGUGUAGGAAGUUUACAGUGACCUCAGUAUUGAUGUAAAAUUGAUCAGAAUUGAGAAAAAAAAAAAGAAUCACCUGAAUAAGUGAUUUAUGUUAUUACACGGGUUAAAAAGAUUAUUUUUACACAUUUGUUUAAAUGACAUAUUUCUUCAUGAAGUAUAUUCAGGAUACAUUCCAGUUCUAUUUUUUCUGUAAGAACAUAUUUAUACAGUCUUAGUCAUAAAUGUUUUUCUGAAAUAUAUCUUUAAAUUUCUUUGGAAUUUCUAUUUACAUGUAUGUCUUAAAUAAAUGUAUAAAAUAAAGUU